GAUUGUCUCUGACCCGGCCGUUUUUUUUUUUCCUCCCAAGGUCCGCCAUAUUGCGAGGACCGGCCUCGGUCUGAGCGCAAUCUUCCCUGCAUCUCGCCCUUUAGGGGCUCUCCUCAGCCCAGCUAGAUCCAGCAAUUUCAACCAAUUAAUAAACUUUUACCAAGCGCAGUCCCGCUUCUGCGUCUCCCUCACGGGAGGUCCUUAUUUUAGCGAUUGGUGGUGGUGGUGUAGCCUGCACUGAGUCUCGGUAAAGAGACUAGCCCCUGAACAACCAGUAAAAAAAAGGUGUAGCCGCUGCUACCUCAGGGGGAGUAGUAACAGGAGCUGAGGCAGGAGAACACGGCAUCUGGAGCCUAAUUGAAAUCAACGGGACCGAGGGAAAAAAGACCAGUGUGCUCAAUUCUCUAUUCAGAGAAGAGAGAAGAAAGGCCCUUACUAGUAUUGAAUCUGCUGGCAGUUCUUAAUGUGGCACAGGACUCUUCAUAGAUCAAUUUGGUUAUGAAAUGGUCUCUGCAAGAUGGUCUGUACUUGAAUUGGAGAUUUUUAAGGUCGACAUAUGCUGGUAUUUCAUUCCCUAUAAGUGGACUAUAAUUUUUUCUCUUAUCAUAACUACGUAAACAGGCACAAUAGCAAAGAUCCAUUCUUUGUUGAGUAUGACAGCCACAACUCGUGGCUCUCCUGUAGGAGGGACUGACAGCCAGGGCCACGCUCCUGAUGGACAGCCUCAGUCCCCCUUCCAACAAAAUCAGAUCACUUCACCUGAUUCCUCCAAUGAGAAUUCUAUAGCAACUCCUCCUGAUGAACAAGGUCAAGGUGAUGCUCCAUCACAAUAUGAAGACGAGGAACCAGGAUUUCCACAUGCUGAUCUAGCAAAGUUGGAUGACAUGAUCAAUAGGCCGAGAUGGGUGGUUCCAGUUUUGCCAAAAGGGGAAUUAGAAGUGCUUUUGGAAGCUGCUAUUGAUCUUAGUAAAAAAGGUCUUGAUAUUAAAAGUGAAGCAUGUCAGCGUUUUGUUCGAGAUGGGCUAACAGUAUCUUUCACUAAAAUCCUUAUGGAUGAGGCAGUUAGUGGCUGGAAGUUUGAAAUUCAUAGAUGUAUUAUCAAUAAUACACACCGCUUAAUAGAACUUUGUGUGGCCAAGUUGUCCCAAGAUUGGUUUCCACUUCUCGAACUUCUCGCCAUGGCCCUCAAUCCUCAUUGCAAAUUCCAUAUCUACAAUGGUGCGCGUCCAUGUGAAUCUAUUUCCACAAAUGCUCAGUUGGCUGAAGAUGAGCUAUUUGCCCGUUCCUUGGAUCCUCGGUCUCCAAAAGGCUGGCUAGUGGAUCUGAUCAAUAAGUUUGGCACUUUAAAUGGGUUCCAGAUUUUGCAUGAUCGUUUUACUGAUGGAUCAGCAUUAAAUAUUCAAAUAACUGCGGCUCUUAUUAAACCAUUUGGACAAUGUUAUGAGUUUCUCAGUCAACACACAGUAAAAAAAUACUUCAUUCCAGUUAUAGAGAUAGUUCCACAGUUUUUAGAAAAUUUAACUGAUGAUGAACUAAAAAAGGAGGCAAAGAAUGAAACUAAAAAUGAUGCCCUUUCAAUGAUUAUUAAAUCUCUGAAGAAUUUAGCUUCAAGGAUUCCAGGACAUGAAGAGACUGUAAAAAAUUUAGAAAUUUUUAGGUUGAAAAUGAUUCUCAGAUUGUUGCAAAUUUCUUCUUUUAAUGGAAAAAUGAAUGCUCUGAAUGAAGUUAAUAAAAUGAUAUCUAGUGUAUCAUAUUAUACUCAUCGGCAUGGUAAUUCUGAAGAGGAAGAUUGGCUGACAACUGAGAGAAUGGCAGAAUGGAUACAACAGAACAAUAUUUUAUCCAUAGUCUUGCGAGAUAGUCUUCAUCAACCUCAGUAUGUAGAAAAACUAGAGAAGAUUCUUCGUUUCGUGAUUAAAGAAAAAGCUCUUACAUUACAGGAUCUUGAUAAUAUCUGGGCAGCACAGGCUGGGAAGCAUGAAGCCAUUGUAAAAAAUGUACAUGAUCUACUGGCAAAAUUAGCUUGGGAUUUUUCUCCUGAACAACUCGAUCAUCUUUUUGAUUGCUUUAAGGCAAGUUGGACAAAUGCAAGUAAAAAACAACGUGAAAAACUACUUGAGCUGAUACGUCGUCUUGCAGAAGAUGAUAAAGAUGGUUUGAUGGCACACAAGGUGUUAAAUCUCCUGUGGAAUUUGGCCCAUAGUGAUGAUGUGCCUGUGGACAUCAUGGACCUAGCCCUCAGUGCCCACAUAAAAAUACUAGAUUAUAGUUGUUCCCAGGAUCGAGACACACAAAAGAUCCAGUGGAUCGAUCGCUUUAUAGAAGAACUUCGCACAAAUGACAAAUGGGUAAUUCCUGCACUGAAACAAAUAAGAGAAAUUUGUAGUUUGUUUGGUGAAGCACCUCAAAAUUUGAGUUCUUCUCGUUUUAGUCAAACUCAGCAAAGUCCUCAUGUAUUUCAUCGUCAUGAUUUAAUCAAUCAGCUGCAACACAAUCAUGCCUUAGUUACUUUGGUAGCAGAAAAUCUUGCAGCAUACAUGAAUAGUAUGCGACUGUAUGCUAAAGACCAUGAAGACUAUGACCCACAAACUGUGAGGAUAGGAAGUAGAUACAGUCAUGUUCAAGAAGUCCAAGAACGGCUAAACUUUCUUAGAUUUUUAUUGAAGGAUGGCCAACUCUGGCUCUGUGCUCCUCAGGCAAAACAAAUAUGGAAAUGCUUAGCAGAGAAUGCAGUUUACCUCUGUGAUCGUGAAGCCUGUUUUAAGUGGUAUUCCAAAUUGAUGGGAGAUGAGCCAGAUUUAGAUCCUGAUAUUAAUAAGGACUUCUUUGAAAGUAAUGUGCUUCAGCUUGAUCCUUUGCUAUUAACUGAAAAUGGGAUGAAAUGUUUUGAACGAUUCUUUAAAGCUGUGAAUUGUCGAGAAGGGAAACUGGUGGCAAAAAGAAGAGCCUAUAUGAUGGAUGAUUUGGAACUAAUAGGAUUGGAGUACCUUUGGAGGGUUGUGAUUCAAAGUAAUGAUGACAUUGCCAGCAGAGCUAUAGAUCUUCUUAAAGAGAUAUACACAAAUCUUGGCCCCAGGUUACAGGUCAAUCAGGUUGUUAUCCAUGAGGAUUUCAUUCAAUCUUGCUUUGAUCGUUUGAAAGCCUCGUAUGAUACAUUAUGUGUUUUGGAUGGUGACAAAGAUAGUAUUAAUUGUGCAAAACAAGAAGCCAUUCGAAUGGACCGUGUAUUAACUGUUUUAAGGGAAUACAUAAAUGAAUGUGACAGUGAUUAUCAUGAAGAAAGAACAAUUCUGCCCAUGUCAAGAGCAUUUCGUGGUAAACAUCUCUCUCUCAUAAUUCGAUUUCCAAACCAUGGCAGACAGGUUGAUGACUUAGACAUAUGGUCUCAUACAAAUGAUACAGUUGGUUCAGUAAGACGAUGUAUUCUCAAUUGUAUUAAAGCAAAUGCAACCCAUACAAAAAUUGAACUCUUUGUGGGUGGUGAGCUGUUAGAUUCUGAAGAUGACAGAAAACUAAUUGGACAAUUAAACUUAAAAGAUAAAUCUGUAAUUACAGCCAAACUUACACAAGUGAGUUCCAAUAUGCCUUCAAGUCCUGAUAGUUCCUCUGAUUCCUCAACUGGAUCUCCUGGAAACCCUUGUAAUCACUACAGUGAAGGUCCCAAUCCAGAAGUGGAAAGUUGUUUACCAGGGGUGGUGAGUAGUUACUAUAGCUCAACAGUAGAAAAAUUAAGAACUACUUGUUUAGAACAUGUAAAACUUGGAGAAAGUAAUCUUGUUCCAUCUCUUGAGUCACUUUUCUUUGGUCCUUCUGCCUCCCAAGUGCUAUACCUAACACAGGUUGUUUAUGCCUUGUUAAUGCCUGCCAUUACACCUCUGGCAGAUAAUUCUUCUGACUUUCAACUUCAUUUUUUGAAGAGUGGUGGCUUACCUCUUGUACUGAGCAUGCUAACAAAAAAUAACUUCCUGCCGAAUACAGAUACAGAAACUCGAAGGGGCACUUACUUCAAUGGCCUUAAAAUAGCCAAACUGUUGUUAACUGCAGUAGGUUAUGGUCAUGUUCGAGCUGUAGCAGAAGCUUGUCAGCCUGUUGUAGAUGGUACUGAUCCCAUUAAACCGAUUAACCAGGUUACACAUGAUCAAGCAGUAGUGCUGCAAAAUGCUCUUCAGAGCAUUCCUAAUCCAUCAUCUGAGUGUAUGCUUAGAAAUGUAUCAAUACGUCUUGCUCACCAAAUCUCCAAUGAGGCGUCAAGAUACAUGCCUGAUACUUGUGUAAUUAGAGCUAUUCAGAAAAUCAUCUGGGCAUCAGGAUGUGGGGCUUUGCAGCUAGUAUUUAGACCAAAUGAAGAAAUCACUAAACUCUAUGAGAUGAGCACCAAUGUGAGGAAUGAGCCAGACACAGAAGAUGAACAAGUUUGCUGUGAAGCAUUAGAAGUGAUGACACUAUGUUUUGCUCUAAUUCCAACAGCAUUGGAAGCGCUUAGUAAAGAAAAAGAUUGGCAGACAUUUAUUAUUGACUUAUUAUUACACUGUCCCAGCAAAACUGUUCGACAGUUGGCACAGGAGCAAUUUUUUUUAAUGUGCACCAGAUGUUGCAUGGGACACAGACCUUUGCUUUUCUUCAUUACUCUGCUCUUUACCAUUUUGCGGAGCACAGCCAGAGAAAAAGGUAAAGAUUCUGGUGAUUAUUUUAUUCUACUACGGCACCUUCUUAAUUAUGCUUACAAUAGCAAUAUUAAUUUACCCAAUGCUGAAAUUCUUCUCAACAAUGAAAUUGAUUGGCUUAAAAGAAUUAAGGAUAAUGUGAAAAACACAGGUGAAACAGGUAUUGAAGAACCCAUGUUAGAAGGCCAUCUUGGACUAACAAAGGAGUUGUUGGCAUUUCAAACAACUCAGAAAAAGUAUCAUAUUGGGUGUGAAAAAGGAGGUGCUAAUCUCAUUAAAGAAUUAAUUGAUGAGUUCAUCUUUCCUGCUUCCAAAGUUUACUUGCACUGUGUUAGAAAUGGAGAAAUGCCAGCAGAGCAGGCUAUCCCAGUCUGUAGUUCACCAGCUACCAUCAAUGCUGGUUUUGAACUACUUGUAGCCUUAGCUGUUGGCUGUGUAAUGAAUCUCAAACAAAUAGUAGACUGUUUGACUGAAAUGUAUUACAUAGGCACAGCAAUAACUACUUGUGAAGCACUUACUGAGUGGGAAUAUUUACCACCUGUUGGACCCCGUCCGCCGAAAGGAUUUGUGGGACUCAAAAAUGCUGGUGCUACUUGUUAUAUGAACUCUGUGAUUCAGCAGUUAUAUAUGAUUCCCUCUAUCAGGAAUAGCAUUCUUGCAAUUGAAGGCACAGGUAGUGAUAUAGAAGAUGAUAUGUUCAGUGAUGAGAAACAAGACAAUGAGACUAAUGUAGAUCCUCGAGAUGAUGUAUUUGGAUAUCCUCAUCAGAUUGAAGACAAACCAGCAUUAAGUAAGACAGAAGAUAGGAAAGAAUACAAUAUUGGUGUCCUAAGACAUCUUCAAGUCAUCUUUGGUCACUUAGCUGCUUCCCAACUUCAAUAUUAUGUACCUAGAGGAUUUUGGAAACAGUUCAGGCUUUGGGGUGAACCUGUCAAUCUACGUGAACAGCAUGAUGCCUUAGAGUUUUUUAAUUCCUUGGUUGAUAGCUUAGACGAAGCAUUAAAAGCUUUGGGACAUCCAGCUAUGCUAAGUCAAGUCUUAGGCGGUUCCUUUGCUGAUCAGAAGAUUUGCCAAGGCUGCCCCCAUAGAUAUGAGUGUGAAGAAUCUUUUACAACACUGAAUGUAGAUAUUAGAAAUCACCAAAACCUUCUUGAUUCUUUGGAACAGUACAUUAAAGGAGAUUUACUGGAAGGUGCAAAUGCUUAUCGUUGUGAAAAAUGUGAUAAAAAGGUUGAUACAGUAAAGCGCUUGCUAAUUAAAAAAUUGCCUCCUGUACUUGCUAUCCAACUGAAACGAUUUGACUAUGACUGGGAAAGAGAAUGUGCAAUUAAAUUCAAUGAUUACUUUGAAUUUCCACGAGAACUAGAUAUGGAACCUUACACAGUUCGAGGUGUUGCAAAGCUGGAAGGAAAUAAUGUAAACACAGAGACUCAGCUAAUACAACAGAAUGCACAUUCUGAAAAUGAGAAAUCAGAAAGCACAAAAUACAGACUUGUGGGUGUGCUUGUCCACAGUGGCCAAGCAAGUGGUGGACAUUAUUAUUCUUACAUCAUUCAGAGAAAUGGUGAAGAGGGUGAGAGAAAUCGAUGGUAUAAGUUUGAUGAUGGAGAUGUAACAGAAUGUAAAAUGGAUGAUGAUGAAGAAAUGAAAAAUCAAUGUUUUGGUGGAGAGUACAUGGGAGAAGUAUUCGAUCAUAUGAUGAAGCGUAUGUCAUACAGGCGACAGAAAAGGUGGUGGAAUGCUUAUAUCCUUUUUUAUGAACGCAUGGAUUCAAUAAACCAAGGUGAUGAAAUAAUAAGAUAUGUGUCAGAGCUAACUCUCACACGAUCCCAGCAGAUUAUGUCACCAGCCAUUGAGAAGAGUGUACAGAAGCAAAAUGUGCAAUUCAUGCAUAACCGAAUGCAAUACAGUUUAGAGUAUUUUCAGUUUGUGAAAAAAUUGCUUACAUGUAAUGGUAUCUACUUGAGUCCUGCACCAGGACAAGAUCACUUGUUGCCAGAGGGAGAAGAAAUGACCAUGAUUAGUAUACAGCUUGCUGCUAGAUUCCUCUUCACCACUGGAUUUCACACCAAGAAAAUUGUCCGUGGUCCUGCCAGUGAUUGGUAUGAUGCAUUAUGCCUUCUUCUCCGUCAUAGCAAGAAUGUACGUUUUUGGUUUGCUCAUAAUGUCCUCUUUAACGUCUCUAAUCGCUUUUCUGAAUACCUUCUGGAGUGUCCUAGUGCAGAAGUAAGGGGUGCAUUUGCAAAGCUUAUAGUAUUUAUUGCACAUUUUUCUUUGCAAGACGAAACCUCUUCUACAUCUUCAGGACCUUCUAGCCAGGCUUGUAAUAACUUAAGCUUGAGUGACCACUUACUUAAAGCAGUAUUAAAUCUUCUGAGAAGGGAAGUUUCAGAGCAUGGCCGACAUUUACAGCAAUAUUUCAAUCUAUUUGUAAUGUAUACCAAUUUAGGUACGGCGGAAAAGACACAACUUCUGAAAUUGAAUGUACCUGCCACUUUCAUGCUUGUAUCUUUAGAUGAAGGUCCAGGUCCUCCAAUCAAAUAUCAGUAUGCUGAAUUAGGCAAAUUAUACUCAGUAGUGUCACAGCUGAUCCGCUGUUGCAACAUUUCAUCACGAAUGCAGUCUGCAAUCAAUGGUAAUCCCCCUUUUCCCAAUCCUUUUGGUGACCCUAAUUUGCCACAGCCUAUAAUGCCAAUUCAGCAGAAUGUGGCAGAUAUUUUAUUUGUGAAAACAAGCUAUGUGAAGAAAAUUAUUGAAGACUGCAGUAACUCAGAAGAAACCAUCAAAUUGCUUCGUUUUUGCUGCUGGGAGAAUCCUCAGUUCUCAUCUACUGUCCUCAGUGAACUUCUGUGGCAGGUUGCAUAUUCAUAUACCUAUGAACUUCGGCCUUAUUUGGAUCUACUUUUGCAGAUUUUACUGAUUGAGGAUUCCUGGCAGACUCACAGAAUUCAUAAUGCACUUAAAGGAAUUCCAGAUGAUCGAGAUGGGUUGUUUGAUACAAUUCAGCGCUCUAAGAAUCAUUAUCAAAAAAGAGCAUACCAGUGUAUAAAAUGUAUGGUGGCUCUCUUUAGCAAUUGUCCUGUUGCUUACCAAAUCUUACAGGGUAAUGGAGAUCUUAAAAGAAAGUGGACCUGGGCAGUGGAAUGGCUUGGAGAUGAACUUGAAAGACGACCUUACACUGGCAAUCCUCAGUAUACAUACAAUAAUUGGUCUCCUCCAGUGCAAAGCAAUGAAACAUCAAAUGGCUAUUUUUUAGAGAGAUCACACAGUGCUAGGAUGACACUAACAAAAGCUUGUGAACUCUGUCCUGAGGAGGAACCAGAUGACCAAGAUGCCCCAGAUGAGAAUGAGUCAUCUCCUCCAGAAGAUUCUUCACUAUAUGCUCAUUCAUCUGGAUCUUACUAUCAAAAGAAUAAUCAUAUGCAUGGACAGCCGUAUACGGGUCCAGCAGCACAUCACUUGAACAACCAUCCGAAAACUGGCCAGGGAGCACAAGACAAUUUCGAAGACAAUGAAGAAGUAGCCUCAUCUCAGAUGAAGGAUCAGUGAAAUGAGAUGCACAUUAUUAACUACUUACUUAAGAACAUGCACUCAGGCCUUAGAAUCCAGCUUUUUCUGUGCCUGGCUAGUAUUUAAAAGAGAGAUUGUUGAAAAUAGAGUGGAGAGUUUUAUUCACUAUCUCAUUUACAGAAAUUUGCUGUAAUAUAUAGCCCAUCUACAGGGGAAAGUAUAUAGUGUUUUGUAAUAAAUAAUACUAAUAUGUAAAUGUCAAGAGUGUAUAUAUCAUAUGUCUGUGUUUUAUUGUUAAUUCAUAAGCAAGAAAUUUUUUUUGAUGAGUUGGAGAUUUACAAAAGAAUAAUUUUCCUGUUACCUUGCUGCAUUCUACAACCAGUAUUGUAUGCUUCAUGGCAUUUGGAUCAACUUAUUAACCGCCCCUCUCCCCCCAUAAAAAGAGGAACCAUAAGAGUUCAUCCAUACAGACACACAAUUUCUUGUUCUUUGUUAAUUAAUAUGAAUUACCUAAGAUUGGUAGGGUAACCUUUGAAUUGUAGGAACGAUAUGGAAUAUUUUUUCUGAAUAUUUUUCAUUACCUUUUUAUCCUGGCUAUAUUUUAAUCUGUAGUUAAGCUGUAAUAUUUAGCAUGGCUACACACCAAGUUUGUGUGACCAACAAGGACAAAAUUACCUGAAUGACAUCAGCUUCCCCAAAAUGGUAAUUGUAUUGCUCAGAGCUUUUAUUUCUUUCUUACUUGAAUAAAACAAGGAGAGAAAUAUCACAAGCAGGUUGAUUUUAGUUGCACAUUGAGUUUUGAUACUUACUCUUUGAUAGUGCAGUCUCUUGACUUUCACAUUUAAGAAUGUGAAAGUGUUAAUAGGAAUUUUUGAAUAUUAAAACAAAUUUUGCUGUGCCAGAAUGUGUGAAGCAUAACAGAAGAUUGUACUUGGUGUGCCUGUUUUGUUUUUUGAUAGAGUUUAUUAGAUGAUGCUUCUAAAACUGCUUCUCUUGGGUCCCAGUGAAGUAGGCAUCAUCAUAAUUCCACAGUAUUUUGAAGUACUGUUGUACCAAGAUGUCUGGCUGGUUUUCUGAAUAAUUUACAGUUUUAUUUCAGAACACAAGUUGUCCCAGUUUAAUGUCCAUUCCAAAGCUCUUACUGUGUGGGGUUUAAUUAAAAUAAUUUGGUUUAUUAUUAAUGUAAUCCAAAAAUACUAUUUUAGAGUAAACUUUUGUUUCAGGAUUCCAAGAAACUUACGAGUUGAUAUUAUAUUUAAAAAGAAUUGAUAACUUUGAAUGUGUGUGAUAUUUUGGAACCUGUUUAAAAACCAAAUAUCUCUACAAAUGGAUACAUUCAUCCUAUACUAUUUAAGUAUUUUGCUGUUUCGUUUUAUAAAAAUUAUU